UUAAGUUAAGACUAUUUUUGGCUUCCGACAACGUGACCUUAGUCAAUAUAGUCGUCUCUGUGGAAGUUUUGCGUGGGAUGUGAGUAACACCUUCAUCUCUGUAUCUAGAAGCAACAAAGAAAAGUGUAAAUAACCACCGUUUUAAAAUAUGUACAAAUUGACUUACGAGUCGGACGAGGAUAUUUCUGUUCCUGUAAACCACGUGACCGGAGUAACAAGCGAUGGAGAAAGGUACAGUACAAUGGACGAAGACGUGAUUUAUGAUAAAAAUAAAGACGGAGCAGGACAGAGUGAUACGGAAAAGGGCCGCAGUCAAACAAUGGCUUCUGCGGUUAUGUCUGCGCAUGCUGUGAAAAACGACAGUGGUGUGACUGAGAAACCAAGGUCCCGGAAGUUUUACCAGAUGUUUAAUAACUCAUCGCACGAUGACCUUAAAGCAUCAAAGGCGGGAGCGAACGCCGCCGCCAUAGGGUGCAAGGUGUUUCUGUUGGCAUUCUUCAUUCUAGUUCUGUCUGGCUUUGUCGUUUUCUUGUUGAUUACAACGCAUGGCAUUGUAGAAAAGAACCAAAAGUUAAAUGACCGGGUUCAUUAUCUUGAAGCAUCGGUUCAGUUGUUAUUGAUAGGAAAGACAGAUUCUACUGCAACAAGUGUAGACGCUCCGCCGAAACCGUCAGACAAUGCACCACCGAUACCAAGCGGACUACAGCUUUCAGUUUUAGAAAACAGCGUGGACGGUCCCCCACCUCCGCCACCUGUGAUGUCUGAUGCCAUGCCAAUCCAAGAAGACCCGGCUGUAAGACGUGACCGGGCAGUACCACAGUGUUGCACAGGAGUGUCGUCCAAGCUUGACAAAGCAAUAAGCGAUUUUCAGUUGCACAACACUGCGCUGAAACGCCUUGAAACUCAAAUAAACACCAACAAGAAGCAGAUUACUGCUCUUGGCGAAAAAACUACCAACAUGGAAAUGCAGGACGUUGCGAUUGAAGACCAAGUGUGGGGAUCAAUAGGACCGGGUAGACUCGUUGAAGCCGCAGAAGGAAAACCAAGCAGUGUUAGUAGUGCAUGCCCUUCAGUUGUAGCGUUUAGCCUGAAUCAAGCAAUCUCCGUCGACGCGGCUGACACGCAAGGAAUACAAACAAGCACGUAUGAGAUUAAACCGCAAAAGGGUCAAGUCAAUACCAUUUACUUCAACAAUGAGAUGAUGAAAAAACCAGAGUCCGUCGUGAACGGGAUCAACGGUGUCUUUAUUGCUCCAUGCCAAGGUACAUACUUCCUACAAGUCGACUUCUGUACAGCUCAAGGCACCUCGGCUUCUCUUGCACUACGAAAAAUGGAGACCUCCCUCAGAAUAUUCAGCACACCAGCAACCAAUGCAACAACUCCCGUCUCACAUACCACACCACACAGCUUCGCAAUGCUUACUGAACUGAACGAAAACGACGUUUUGUUCCUUGUGUUGCUGCAAGGGUCUAUCGUUGAGAAAAGCGACGUCGAUUCUUUGGGUACAGAGUCAUGUACACGUUUCUCUGGAUUUAGAAUUCACUAACUUGUUCUAGUAUUUUAUACCAUAUUAUAUACUGUCUUUACUGUAGAACGAACUUUAGGUAAAUAUUAUUAAAAUCAUGCCCAAGCUUGCUUUUGACUGUCGAGCUAAACAUUAAUUUCUGGACCCACCUACGUUCUUUUACAUAGGCCUACUUAUCUUGUAAAUAACAUAUCUUUUUUGUUUCAAGUUUCUUAAGUUUUCUGUCAACAAUAUACUUCAUUUCAGUAUAA